AUGAUAUCCGGCCCAUUGUCGUCGGCGUCGGUCGGCGAGUGCGGCUCCAUAGCCAUGUCGCCUGCCAUCGCGCCACAGGAAGGCGGCCAGCAGACCGGCGAUGGCGACGAGAAGCACUGUGUUGGCGACCUGCGCAAACAAGCCAAGUCAGGCCUGGAAUUUUUUCGGUGCGACUCGCCAGAGGCCCAUCGUUUUGGUAUUUCGGCCAGUGCGGGAGGUCCUUCUCAUCAUGGCUGUAAUAAUAAUAAUGAUUAG